AUGGAAACAAGAUAUUCCUUCCUAGAGUAUUUGAUUGGGAAUGAAGUGAAGAUAUAUUUUUACUACAAUGUUUAUACAACUACUAAACCAUUUACCCAUGAAUCACUGCUGAUAGACAAGAAAGAACUGAGAUUAAGUAAGAAGGAGAAGAGACUAGCCAAACAGAGUUAUGUAAUGGAGAAAAAGCUGAACCUAACUUACUCCAGACCGUCCUAUGCUGCAUUCUAUCCUAAGGCAGGAGGAGUUCCCAGACCUACACAUCACCCACCAUGGAAUCAGCCAACACCUUUCAAUCGUCCAGUAGCUAGUGUAAAACCAAUGAUGACUACACCUGUUCCUAUGAAACCUAAAGAUGGCGUCUCCAUCAUACCUCAAACAAAACCUGGUGUUACUGUCCACAAAAUAGUAACUACAACAGACAUUACGUUGCCAGGGACAACUACCAACACCCAAUCAGGUGUAUCAGCCAGCGGUGGUACUCUGGUAAACAAGAUACCAGCAGGACAACAAGUCUUUGUUAUCAAGACACCAAAAGGAGUUUAUAUACGAACAAAGGAAGGAAAGAUAUUUGCUGUCAGAGCAAAGACGCCGCUACUUAGUGGUAUAUCUACAGCAUCAACCACGUCUGUUACUACGGUUACUAUCAAAAACUCAACGGCCACAGUGGCACCAAAGGUUGGAACAGCACAGCCAAUUAUAGUCUACCCCAAGACUGGUUCUGCUGUUAUCAACAGGAAACCAACUUCACGACAACCAAGGGCUAUAAAACCAAAUCAAUCAAAAAAUAAAGCUGAAGUGAAAAUUAAAAUGAAUUUAAAUUCUGAAAUAAAAUCUGAAUUGAACAAAAGUGGACCAAGUAGUAUGAUGGAUCUGAACAUAAUGAAAAGCUCUGGGCCAGAAAUAGAGCCAUCUGUGAAUAUUCCUACCGAGAUGGAUAUGGAUCCUAGAUCUGCUAGUGUUAGUGCUAUUGGCAGUUUGCUGUCAUUAGACAAUGAAAAGGACACUUUGACUAAAUCUGGCAGUGAGCCAAAUAUUGCUGGAUUAGAUCAUGCAGAUGGUAUAGAAAUGCUAGCCAGGUCAAGUAGUCAAUUGGGUAUGGACAGCUUACCAGGGUCUAAUAACUUGGUUGUUAAGAGCCUGCCGCAAUCAAACAGUCAAACGGGACUGGAAAGCCAAACAGAAUCAACUACUGAAAACAUUUUAAACAGUGUGGUAGGUAUAGAAAGACAGAAUAGUUCCAGUAGUCAGAUGAGUUCUGCUGAUGAAGGACAGGUUCACUUUGACAAUAAUGACAGUCAGUUUGGCUCAGAUAUGGGAACAUUUGAUCAGUCAGACAAUAGCAAUAGUAACAGUCAAAUCUUUGAGUUUGAUAACCGACAAAAUGAUCGUCAACAAGGAUUCUUGGAAUCACUGUUUGACAUGUCAGAGAUUACUCCCUAUCAGCCAUCAAGACAGGACACAAAUCAAUCCAUGAGUAGAGUCAACUCAUCAGCAUCUUUAUCAUCAAACAUGGGUCAUAUAGACUUACGAGAAGACACAGACAAAUAUCAGGAGGAGGGUAGUGAGAACUCGUUCAUGUCAAGGUAUCCACGGAUCGCUCCUAACACAAGAAACAAUUAUCCGCAACACAAUAAUCCUAUGCCUCAUAUGUUUAAUCCAAUGCCUGGAUUUAACCAAGGUUCACCGCAGAUGGGAUACAAUCCUAUGUACACGCCAUAUCCAGUAUUAUUCCCCCAGAAUUCCCAUCAAUCACAGCCGACCUCAACUAACAAUGGAGCUGUAACCAACACAACACAGAGUGAUUACAUGUCUCCUAUACAAAGUAUGUCCCAGAUGGGAUCCAGUGGGAUGAUGGGAUUUCCCUUCAGCCCCUAUUCCUUCCCAAUGCCAGCACCUUACAUGAUGGGACAAAUGCCUAAUCCGUACAUGGCAAUGGGUAUGCCACCCCAGUAUGGACAUCAAGGUGGCAUGAUGCCACCACCUAAUAGUGCUAAUGUGGGUCAACAACAACAACAAACCCAGGACAAAACCACUUGAAUACUUUUUGUUGAUCUUUAUAUUUUAGACAUUUUUGAUAUUUUAUGUAAAUGUUUUUUUAGAUCUCAAUUUGCACAGUGUCAGAUCAUUAAUCAUUGUCUAUUUACCAUUACACAGCCAAUGGGGUUUUCUAAUCAUAUUCUUCAAACUCUGCAAUCAAAAUAUGAAGAAAAAUGUAAAAAGGUGGUCACCUCAUUUCGUGCAAGAUGAACUGUAGACUAAUACAGUACAGAACCUACCAAAGAUAAUGUUUUAAUUCUUCUGCUAUUUUAUUUUGAGUAAAAUUGUUUGAUAGCAAUUCUAGGAUAGAAAUAUUAUGUUAAUUGUCGAUUUUUUAGAGUUUUAUAUAAAAAUAAACUGAAGUUAUAGCUAACAAUGACAAGGGCAAAAAAACAUGUGAAAUUAUAUAAAAACUUGUUCAAGAAAAUGGAAACAAGAUAUUCCUUCCUAGAGUAUUUGAUUGGGAAUGAAGUGAAGAUAUAUUUUUACUACAAUGUUUAUACAACUACUGUAAGUUUCAUAUUAUGAGCAUGAUGUUUGUUUUGUACAUACCUAAAUACAGUCAACUUGUAAACACAACAUACACAUUAAAAUGACUCAAUUGUUAAAUAUUUUAAUGCCAAUUUGAAUAAUUUUUGGUUCUUCAGAUUUGCUGAAAAAUUUGAAAAAAAAGACUUUAAUAAUAAAAAGCUCUUUUUGUUAUGCAUCAAUUUUUUGGAACCUCAGCAAUUUUUUUUCUUAAUUUAAUUGAUUAUUUUUUAGAAAAAUAGAAAAAUGAAAUCUAUUUUUAUAAUACAUUUUGUUUUUUGGCUACAGAAUUUGUUUUCUAAGAAAAUACUUAAUAUUUUUUAAUGCAAAUAGAUUUUAAAACAACAAAAUUUAGUAAUUUUUCAGUUUUUCACAGUAUUGUUUUUUUUUUUAGUGAAUGAAGAAAAGAUAUAGAUAAGCAAUUUACUCAAUACUGUAUAAAGGAUAAGCUAUGCACAGGUUAACCGUAUCUAUGAAUCAAAACACUAACAAAUCUUUUGUAUGAAAGGAAAUUAUUCAAAUGUCAUAUAUUUCCACAGUUAUCUUAUACGUAUUGGCAGAAGUUACCUUCACUUAAAGACUUAAAGUGGAGUUUUAUUGAUCAGUUUAUUGAAAAAAGAAGAUGUGCUAUGAUUGCAAAUGAGACAACUUUUUACAAGAGACCAAAUGACACAAAAAUAAACAGCUAUAUGUCACUGUACGCCCUUCAACAAUAAGCAAAGGCAGUUCAUUAUCCUUGAUGCAGACACAAAACUUAGUGGGCUCAUUAAGACAGCCUUACAUGUGUGCAACCUCCCUUUUUUAAUAUUAAUUUGCUAAAGGUCAUUAAACUAUGAUCAAUAAUUAACAGAUUUUGUCUAACAGUUUUGUGUAAGUUUGUGUAAUAUUAUGAAUAUAUAAUCAAAUGCAGCUGUAAUUUUACCCGACUCCAAAGGAGGAGUAAUUUGUUUUACCAGUGUCUGUCCAUCUGUCCCAUGAAAUUUCCGUCAUAUUUUUCUCAGGAACUUAUACGAGAGCUUCCUGAAAUAUUGUAUCAGGCUCCUUAUGUUCAUUGUUAUUUGUGAGGUGGUAAAGAGCAGAUAAGACAGAAAUGUUUAAACUGUCAAUCACAUUUAAUAUAAAAAUCAUGUUUCUAACACUUACAAUAUAUUUCUAGUACUUUACCAAAGACAGUAAUUAAAUAUAAAAACGUAAUGUAUUAUAAACAGGGUACUUCCUAUUGUCACUAUCUUGUAUGCCCUAUUAUUCAAUAAUACGAAGACAAAAAUGGUUUCGCAAGACAGUCAUAUAUUACCAUGUGCCAUAUGCAAUUGAUAUGUAAAUUUCCUGUAGUCGUAAUUCUUCACAGACUUUUUCCCUUGAAAAAGUCAAUGUCUGAAAAGUACUAAAACAAAUUCUGCCACUGUGUGGUUAGUUGUUAUCACUCUGGUUAGAAUACUUACCCCAUUUAUAUUCAUCAAAUGAGAAAUAUUGUAUCCAAUUAGAUGUAGUAGUAAUAUUAAAAUACAUUGUGUAUGAAUGUUAAUCUGCAUAAAACAUGUUAUUUGUUUAUCAAAAGCCAACAACUCUAUUGAAUGAUAUCAAUUAUAUCAUUAUAAUGAUUUCAUAUUUGAUCCAACAUACAGGAGAUGAAAAUCUCAUCAUAGCAGUCUGUAUUUUCAGAAACAAUAGAUUUAUUUUGUCAUUGAACCUUAAACUACAUUAUGUUAUGUGAUUACACUUUUUUACAUAUUUUUACAUGUUGUUAAUAUUUUUGUCUUGAUAUGAAUGUUGUAUUGCAUGUCUUAGAAUAUUAUAAAAUGAAUUAAAUGAAUUUUAUACUUGAUUGAGGAAUAUAUUCUCAUAACAUGUUUCAUGGAGAAAUUCAUUUUUAGCAAAUUGAAAUAGCAUAAUGCAUAUUUUUUGCAUAUUUUCUUUUCUGGUUAGAUAAUGAUAGGAGCUUUUGGAAAUUAAACAUCUUUUGAAAAUUUAAACCAUUACGGUGAAACUCAUAUUUUUAUGAUUAAACCAUUAAUUUACCAAAGUUCCACCUGACCAACUUUGAUUUCAAUAGCUAUCUGCAGCAGCAACAAUCCCAAAACUUCUUAUACCAUAGUGGUUAUACAUAUAAAUUAACAUAAAACAAAGUUGCAAGAAUUAUAAUGAUAUCUAGUUAUGAUAUUGUAAUAUCCAAAGCGUUCUUCUGUCCCUCCAGAUUAUUGAGGAUAUUUAAGAAGGAAAAAAUGUCCUAGAAAAAUUGUUAUUAUUAUUUGUUAGGAACAGGACUUAAUUUGAUAGCAAAAGUCCUUUAAUUUAUAAACAAACUAGGGACGGGAAGAGCCUGUGUUUCAGUGGUUGUCAUUAGUUAGUCUGCCACAUCUGUUAUUUUUUGUUAAUUUGUUUAAUCAUAAAUCAGUCCCUUAUAUUUUCUUUGAAUCUUCAAAUUUCCUCAUGUUACAGCCAUUUAUAAGUGAAUAAAUGAUAUGGGUUUUACUCAUUGUUGAAGGUAGCAAAGUGGCCUAUAGAUUCCUUUAAUCUACAUAUUUUGGACUCUGUUGGAUAGUUGAGUGAAUAAAUGAUAUGGGUUUUACUCAUUGUUGAAGGUAGCACAGUGGCCCAUAUAUUCCUUUAAUCUACAUAUUUUGGACUCUGUUGGAUAGUUGUUUCAUUGGCAAUUAUACCACAUCUACUUAAUUUUAUAACCAUGUAAAGACUUGCUGAGGAUUUUAGUGAAAAACAUUGAUAAAUAUUUAUGUUGUUUUCUAGCUAAUAUUUAGGCAUUCCUUGAAAUCUUCAUAAUUGUAAUUUUAAUCAAUGUAAACAUUAAACAAAUUGUGUACCCUUAUGGGUGGGAAAUUUAUAUGAAAAAAAUAACUUCAGGGACAGACAUAUGAAUGUAAACAUUGAAAGUUUUUUGUUGUAAGGCUUGACAUAUUACAUGAAAAUUACACUUAAUAUGGAGAGAUUGUCAUUUCAAAAUUGACUUCUUAUCGUUAAGUAUUUUUUAUCAGAAGAAGUCACAGGAAUAUUAUAGUACUGAUACAUUCAAGGACAGAAAUUUCAUAACCAAAAAAAAAUAAUUCAACUCUAAACAUUUUACUGUAAAAUGAAAAAAAAUCAAUAUUCAAGCUCCACUUAAACAUUCUGUUGAUUGUAUUUACAGUGAAUGUUCAGUAGUGCAUUUAAUAAAAUAAAAUGUGUAGACAAAAUAGGUUGAAUUUCUUAGAAUUUAGAACAUUGUAUAUUGUUUAAGACUUUACAAUAAAUGUUAUAAAGAUA